GGAUGUUGAGGUUGUACUUCACGAUGGUGGAAGAAAGAAACUGUUUACGGAUCUAAUGGUUAGAGAGGAAUGGUUUAUAAUUAUUAACAGUUAUCACUUGUUUGUUUAGACUAAUAUAUUUACGUUGUUUGCGUUUUGCAGGGACAAUAUUAAUUUUGAAACUGCAUUUCUUAUGCACGCGUUGAAUUAUCUGGAGGCGAAUUUUUCAUUGAUGUUGAGAUCUGACAUUUAUUAUAUAUUUACACACAAUAUAAAUCUGGGCGUACAGGAGGAUUUGAGAUCAGUGGAGCUGCUUUGAUGAAAGUGAUGCAAAAGUAGCUCGUCAGCGAUACUUUCGUCUGAACUGAAGUGAACGGCUCUGAUCGGUGGAGAUGUCUCUGGUCGCGUACGACAGCAGCGACGACAGUGACCGCGAUGAUCGCGAUGAACGCCCGGCUUCAGCGCCUCGCCCCCCGGGGAAGAUCGCAGGACUCUUCGCGUCUCUGCCCGCGCCCAGAAUAUCAGCUCCUCAACACAAGAGGAUGACUAUGGAUCUGCCCAAAGCCAAGAAACGCACAGAGCCCGUUAAAAUCACCGUUCCUGUUAUAAAACCAGCAGAUUCUGACUCUGAUGAAGACGAGCCCGUGCGAAAGAAAUCCGCUCCUCAGGGAGGUGGUGGUCUGUCCUCUCUGCUGCCCCAGCCUAAGAAUCUGGUGAUGAAGGAGACCGCGCGGCCCUUGCUGCCACACACCCUAACCAAACGUCCCGGGUCAGAUAAGCCGAAGGUGACCCCAGCAAAGUCCCAGGCUCUUUCUGGAAGCAGCCCGUCCCCGUCUGCCAUCAAAGCGGCUGCAAAGUCUGCGGCGCUGCAGCUAGCCAAACAAAUGGCCGCGGAUGAAGAGGGAAGUGACGAUGAACUCGCUCCAGAGAACUACUUUUCCCUUCCGGAAAGCUCAGCACAGCAUGUGAUGUCUCAAAACCCCCAUUCUCAGCAGUACGUUCCCUCUCUGCACCCUCUGCCCGGUGUGGAGGACACCCCACUGGACUUUGUUCCUAACGCAGACAGUAGAUCAGUUGGAGCCAUGCAAGACUAUGAGAGCGGAGAAUAUCAACCUCAGUAUCCUGCAAAUCCACUGCCAGAGACCUCUCCACAGGAUUACUAUGGUGAAGGAUAUUUCCCAGACCCGAACCCUGCGGCUGAUGACCAAGAGGAUUCAGGAUCCUCUUCAUUAUUCAAUGAUGAAGCAUUUCGGCGGCUACAGGGCAAACAGAAUCGUGGAAGAGAAGAAAUCAAGUUCUUGGAGAUCAAAGGAGACGAUCAGCUGAGUGGCAAUAAGCAAUGGCUGACAAAGAACAUGACGGCAGAGGCAGAGCCCCGCAAGUCCUUCAGCAAGAAAAAAGGAGAUCAGCCAACAGGACAACAGAGACGCAAGCACCAAAUCACUUAUCUGAUUCAUCAGGCCAAGGAACGCGAGCUGGAACUCAAGAACAACUGGGCUGACAACAAGUUAACUCGACGACAAACGCAAGCCAAGUAUGGAUUCUGAUGGACUGGAUAUCAAGAUGUUGUGCACACCUCUACCUAAUGUCACGCAGAUUUUGUCAGAGACUGCAGCCAAUCCUGAAAUGUCAUCGUUUUUGCCAGCUUCUAGAGUAAUACCAGUUUGUAUUGUUUCGAUAAGGAGCUGAGGACUUUGGCUGCUAUUAUAAUGUUUAAGAUUUCUCCCAGUUGUCUACCUAAUAUUAUCUUUCCAUUUGAACUACAUUGUUUUUUUUUGGGUAACAUAAUAUUAGCUGUUGUUGGUUCACAUGAUUUAUUUGUUUAUUAAAUGAUUAAGAUGUGUUGACUUGGGAAGGUCUUGUCUUCCACACUGCCACCGUGAGCAGUUGUGUAUAUAUAUAUAUAUAUAUAUAUAUAUAUAUAUAUAUAUAUAUAUAUAAGAUUGAAAAGGUGACAGAAACUGGAAACGCUUUACAAUAAGGUUCUUUGUUAACAUUAGUUAAUGCGAUGUGUUAUGAUUUUUUUAUAGCAUUUUUUCAUUUUGGUCAGUGUUGGUAUAGAAAUACUGUUUAUUGUUAGUUGAAAAUGCAUUAAUUAAUGUUAAUGUAUACAAAAUUAAUAUUGGAUGUUAAUGUAUACAAUCUUAUUGUAAAGUACUGCAAAAAAACAACUGCUUGUUUUCAUAUUAUGAAUGUCGAUUCUUAAUUGUAGAACCAUGAAUAAAGUAUAACAACUUCACUGCAACUGUAGAAAAUAUA